AUGUGGUAUCCUGAUAAUUUUACAUUUGUUCCUGGUGAAACACCAUUAACAUCGAUUCAAUUUCUAGUAUUUAUUCCAAUUGUUCAUUUUAUCAUCACACGUAUUUUAGAAAUCUAUAUGUCUAAUCGUAUUAAGCCAGUCAAUGUGCGUCAUAUUCAACGUUACAAUAAUUUGUUAAUUGGUAUAUAUUCAGCAAUAACUUUUGUACUUAUAAAUAUUUUAGCGUAUCGAGAUGGUCGAUUCUCUUCUUGGAAUCAAUUAGUAUGUCAUCGACCUACUCCUACAGGUGUUUAUGCUCUUCUCUGGUAUAUUUUUUAUUUAAGUAAACUAUGGGAAUUUAUAGAUGUUUACUUAGUGAUAUUAAAUAAAACACCAGUACUUAUGCAUUUCCGUUGGCAUCAUCAAACUACACCAUCAGUCGUAUUAGCUGGUUUACUUGGUGAUGUCUCAUAUGAAUAUCCAACAAUUGUUUCUAAUACACUUUUACAUACAUUUAUGUAUCCACAUUUUGCGGGAAUAUGGAAUGUUCAUCGACUUUUGGUUAUACUCGGUGCAUGGCAAUUAGUCGUUGGUCUUGGGUUUAGUGUCUAUAGUUUAAUAGUUGGUUGUAAUGGUUCACUUUAUGCUCAAAUAUGGGGUUUAUUGAUGUAUAUUACGUAUGCAAUAGGUUAUCUUAAUGAACAUUUUCAUCUAAUCGAUCGUCUUAGACUUUUAUUUUCGACUUCUUAUCGUACUUCGAAAAUAUCUUAA